UUUGCAAAUCAUAUCGGCACAGCAUAAUAAACUGACUUGGUUUUUUAUGCUGUGACAUCGGUGGAAACACCAGUUUCCUCGAAACUUUUGUGAAUUAUAAAACGAGAAGAAGUAAAUUUUUAUAUUGUUUUGGUCUACAUUUACCCUUUUGACACAUAAAGGAGACGUUAUGUUCAACAUUGGAAAAAUGGAUUUUUAUUUUUACAUUCCGUUUGCGAUUGCGAUAUUAUAUUUAAUCUAUGGAAUACUCAAACACAAAUCAUACGUUGGUAUUUCCGCAAAAACGCAGUUACUCUACACUUUAUCGGUGGUUGCAAUUGGUGACAUUUCCCUAUUAUACGUAUUAUUGAUACUACUUCCCUCAAUUGUGGCCCUCACUUUAGUUUUUAAGAUGAGAGAUACUUACGAAAAGAAAGCCGACAGUUUUUGGGCAGAAAUUCUACUUACAGCAGCUUUCAUUUUUUCCAUUUUUUUAUUUCCUGAUUUCUUCUCCUUCUCUGAAAAAAUUGACGUCUCCUUUGGGAUACUAUCUGAUUUUGGCGGUUACCUAGAAUCUGUGGCCUUUGUUCCUCAGCUAUAUAUGAUCUGGAAUAGCAAAAAAACCACCAAACACAUGAAAGUAUAUAUCUACCUUUUAUUCUUUUAUAAGUUACGGAGCCUAUUGUGGUUAAUAUACUUAUACUGGUUCAGUUGUUGUGAAUACAGAAUAAGAUAUUCGGCAGUUGUGAGUCUAAGUUUCUUAAUCCUGUCCGUUGCUGUACUAACUGUACGUUCUAAGAGGAUUGUCUUAUACUGCCAAGAAGAAAAGAUGGAUACAAAAACUCAAAAUGUCUUCGUCGUCACUUCUGGAUUAGCACCACCCAUUACACUUAGCAAACCUGAUGCGAUUCCUGAUCCCGCAAAUGAAGUUAAUAAGCCAUCGUUGGUAUAAUAUCCUUAUACCGGGUGUCCACUUAUACAGGGUGGUUCAUCUUAUUCGCCUCGGUCUCUGUACGGAAAACCACUUCAUAUUAAAAAAAAUUUCCACAGAAAUAUACAGGACGUUAAAUACUACAAUUUAAAAAUAAUGUGAAUUAUACAGGGUGCUCCAAAAAGAGUGGUAUAUCAAAGUUAUAUUUUUUCUUAUAGAAUGCCCUAUAUCUGAUGACAUUAUUGAAUUGAUCUUAAAAAAUAAACUAUAUUUUCAUAAGAGCUCCCUAUACCUAAAUACAGGGUGUUUUGAUUUAUUUCGAUUUUUAUAAAAAUGUAAGGUUUUAGAAAAAAAUAAAUAUCUACGAAUCUAAGAGUCAGUAACAAAUUAUUUCUUGGAUCCUAAUAAUAAACUAUUUGGUAUACUUAAACACAUACUUAUUGCAACAAAGUUUCUUACAGGGUGGUCAAAAUAUGGGAUUGUUCUAUUAACAAAUUCAAGUUGUAAUAACUUACUUAUUUUAAAUAGAACACCCUGUAUCUUACCAGUCUAUCACGUAGAAAAUUUACUUAGCUUUCAAUUUUUAUUAGUGUUUCCUAUACCUAUCUUUUUACAGGGUGGUGAAAAUAUUAGAUUGUUCUAUUAACAAAUUCAAGCUGUAAUAACUUACUUAUUUAAAAUAGAACAUCCUGUAUCUUACUAGUCUACCGCGUAGAAAAUUUAUUUAGCUUUCAAUUCUUAUUAGGGUUUCCUAUACCUAUCUCCCUUCAUUUUUUAAAUAUUUAAAGAUGUCCUAAUUUGUAAGCUUUAAAAAUUAGAAUUAAGUACAUAUGUCGUGGUUAUGUACAACACAUCACCAACACCGUCAAUAUACUUCAAUAACUUAGUCAAGAUACUUUCGGUAAUAAAAUUCACAUUUUUAUCAUUUAAUCGCACAGAGUGUUCUUAUUUUAAAUGACAUACUCGAUAUUCUAUUAUAUAUAAUGGAAGAUAUUUAAAAUCUCUUCAAUUCCAUGUAAACAUUAUCAAUACACAUGUUAUUCUGUAAAUAUAAAUUCCCAUGUUAUUCUGUAAAUACCCAUUUUUACAUAUUUUUGUACAAUAGGCUCGUUUUCGUCAUAGUAGCCAUUGCAUUUAAUUGUUUGUAAUUGCGAUCCAAAGAUUCAAACAAAAAGUGCUGUUCUUAAAUUUACGUAAUAACCGUCGGUUUAAGAUAUGGAAAAUACUUAUACGGAAUGAAAUAUAAUUUAAAUAUCUUCCAGAAUACGGCAUCUAAUAUAGGGUAUGCAGUUUAAUAUAAACAUAUUAUUCAAUGUCACAUGUAGGCCAAAAUCAACUAAAAUAAUACAACACUCUGUGUGACUACAUGAUAACAAUGAAAAUUUUAUUAAUGACAGUGUCCUGUCUAAGUAUAUUGCCGGUGUUAAUGAUGUGUUGUACAUAACCACGACAUAGGUACUUAAUUCUAAUUUUUAAAGCUUACAAAUUAGGACAUGUUUAAAUAUUUAAAAAAUGAAGGGAGAUAGGUAUAGGAAAUCCUAAUAAGAAUUGAAAGCUAAAUAAAUUUUCUACGCGAUAGACUAGUAAGAUACAGGAUGUUCCAUUUAAAAUAAAUAAGUUAUUUCAGCUUGAAUUUGUUAAUAGAACAAUCUAAUAUUUUGACCACCCUGUAAAAAGAUAGGUAUAGGAAACCCUAAUACAAAUUGAAAGCUAAGUAAAUUUUCUACGCGAUAGACUAGUAAGAUACAGGGUGUUCUAUUUAAAAUAAGUAAGUUAUUACAACUUGAAUUUGUUAAUAGAACAAUCCCAUAUUUUGACCACCCUGUAAGAAACUUUGUUGCAAUAAGUAUGUGUUUAAGUAUACCAAAUAGUCUAUUAUUAGGAUCCAAGAAAUAAUUUGUUACUGACUCUUAGAUUCGUAGAUAUUUAUUUUUUUCUAAAACCUUACAUUUUUAUAAAAAUCGAAAUAAAUCAAAACACCCUGUAUUUAGGUAUAGGGAACCCUUAUGAAAGUAUAGUUUAUUUUUUAACGUCAAUUCAAUAAUGUCAUCAGAUAUAAGGCAUUCUAUAAGAAAAAAUAUAACUUUGAUAUACCAGUCUUUUUGGAGCACCCUGUAUAAUUCACAUUAUUUUUAGAUUGUAAUAUUAGUGGCCCUGUAUAUUUCUGUAAAAUAUAUUUUUUUAAAUAUUAAGUGGUUUUCCCUACAGACACCGAGGCGAAUAAGAUGAACCACCCUGUAUUUCCCCCCAUUUUAACUGCCUAUAACUUCUAAACGGCUCAAAAUAGAAAUAUACGGUUUUCGCUGAAAUGUGUUAUUUUAGAAAAAGUUUUGUUUGAAUGGAUUGAAUUUUUUUUAUAUCGAUUUUAAAAAAAUGGCGGAUUUUUGAAUAAAAAACAUUGUUGACAUUUUUUUUAAUGAAA